CAGGGGAAGCCCGUUGGUGUGAACUUGGCUGGAAAGCUGCUCAACGAAGAUGGUAUGCCGCCUCGACAAUGUAUCGUCGUCCGAGCGGAAACGGUGGAGGAGGAGGUUGGCAAUGCCAGGGCAGUGCUGAUGGAUGCGCUGCGCUGCCGCGCCAAAGCUAUCGAAGAGAGACUGGGAUCAGAGCAUUCUGAAACGCUGAAGGUGUUGAGCCGGUUGGCGAACGUGCUGACGGCGCGCGGUGACUAUGCCGAGGCGGAGCCGCUGCAGCGGCAAGCCCUGGCAAUCAGCGAAGCGGCGACCCUCAGAGAGGUGCAGAAACUGGUGGAGACGAUGUAUUGCGCAGGGAACCUGGCGGAGGCUGAGACUUUGUGCAGAAGAGCUGUGAUCGGACGUGAACGUGUGCUGGGAGAGAUGCAUGCAGAGACCCUGGACUCGGUGAACGAUCUCGGGGUAGUCUUGACGAAUCAAGGGAAACUGGAAGAGGGUGAGCUGCUUUGCAGGAAAGCUUUGGAAGGCCGUGAGACGCUGCUAGGGCCUUUGCAUCCGGACACAUUGCAGUCCGUCAAUAACCUCUCAGUGUUGCUGGAGAACCAGGGCAAGCGCGAAGAAGCCGAGCCGCUUUCGAGAAGAGCUUUAGGAGGUUGGGAGACACAGCUGGGGGCGCAUCAUCCUGAGACAUUGAGGGCCGUCAACAAUCUUGCGUUGUUGCUGCAGAAGCAGGGCAAACUCGAAGAGGCCGAAGCUCUUCACAGAAGAGUGCUGGCAGCCCGUGAAACUCAACUGGGAGCAAAUCAUCCGAGCACAUUGACGUCGGUCAACAACCUUGCGGGGUUGCUGAAGGAGCAGGGCAAGCUCGAGGACUCCGAAGUCCUUUACAGAAGGGCUUUAGCAGGCUUUGAAGCACAACUGGGAGCCCGUCAUCCGAGCACUCUGACGACCGUCUUCAAUCUCGCCGACCUUUUGGAGGCGAAGGGCGGCCACCUGGCCGAGGCAGAAGAGCUCUAUCUUAGAGCUUUGAAGGGUUACAAGGAGCUGCAUGGCCCUGACCACGAGGACACCCAAUUUCUCCGCAGUCACCUGGAGCGCUUCCGCAGAGAACAUUCCACCGGUUGA